AUGAAGAGCUUGCGAGGCGGCCGCAUAUUCUCCGACGAGAAGAGCGUGCAUGGGAAAGGGUUCGACCGGCUGAAGGCCCCGGAAGAGCCCGACGAUUUCAGCGCUCGAGCCAGUAACUCGUCCACAACGAGCCCGUGCGAUGUCGAGUCUCCGACCGUCGCGGACUCUUCCCCCGCGGAGGCGGCCACGUCGCCAUUCGCCAAGUCCCCUUGGUCGUGCCAUGCGGCCCCGGCGAUGGACGAGAGCUUCGACUACUCGCCGAACGUCCUCAUGGGGUCCCUGGUUCGCGAGGAGGGCCACAUAUACUCCCUGGCCGCGGCUGGGGAGUUGUUGUACACCGGAUCCGAUAGCAAGAACAUCAGGGUUUGGAAGAACCAGAGAGAGUUCUCGGGUUUCAAGUCGAACAGCGGGCUGGUGAAGGCGAUCAUCAUCUCCGGGGAGAAGAUCUUCAGCGGCCACCAGGACGGCAAGAUCCGCGUGUGGAGGGCCUCCUCCAAGAACGCGAGCGUCCACAGGCGCGUCGGCAAUUUGCCGACCUUGAAGGACUACAUCAAAUGCUCGCUGAACCCGAGCAACUACGUCGAGGUGAGGCGGCACCGCAAUGCGCUUUGGAUCAAGCACUUCGACGCGAUCUCAUCCCUCAGCUUGAGCGAGGACAGGCUGCUGUUGUACUCUUCUUCUUGGGACAAGACCUUCAAGGUAUGGAGAAUCUCGGAUUUCAAAUGUCUCGAGUCGGUCAUAGCCCACGACGAUGCGGUGAACGCGAUCGCCGCGGGCUUCGACAGCUUGGUCUUCACCGGCUCUGCGGACGGGACCGUCAAAGUGUGGCGGAGGGAGUACCAAGGGAAGGGGACGAAGCACUUCUUCUCGCAAACGUUGCUCAAGCAGGAGUACGCCGUCACGGCACUGGCCAUAAACUCGGACGCGACCGUCGUGUACAGCGGCUCCUCGGACGGCCUCGUCAAUUAUUGGGACCGCGAAAAGCAUCUCUCCCACAGCGGCGUCUUGAGAGGCCACAAGCUGGCGGUCCUCUGCUUGAUCACAGCCGGGAGGCUGGUGCUGAGUGGAUCGGCCGACAAGGGGAUAUGCGUGUGGAGGAGAGACGAUGGCGGCCACCACACGUGCUUGUCCGUGCUGACGGGGCAUAGCGGGCCGGUCAAGUGCUUGGCCGUGGAGAAGGACCACGACGCUCAGCCUUCGGGCGAGAGGCGGUGGAUCGUGUACAGCGGCAGUUUGGACAAGUCGGUGAAAAUGUGGAGGGUGUCGGAGGCCGCCCCGCCAAUGCAGAGAGUGCAGCAACGCUACACGUCCGACGGGACCGCCAUGCCGGCCACCUUACCAUACGCUCCGAGUUUCUCCGCACAGGGUAGGAUAAGCCAGAAAAAAUCAUAGAAAGAAAGAAGACCGCAAUUUAAAACCAGCUUGUUCAUUUGUAUAUUUGAUUGAUUGAUGCCUCUCACAAAGGAGAUUAUCGCAGUUGAUGUAAUUUGUGACAAUUCCAUUGUAAUGUUCUUUGCAUGGUUGGAUUG